AUGGCGUUCCAGCCCUCACUUGCUCUCGACAAUAUGGCUACCCAGCCGCCAUUCAUGCUCAUCCAACAGCAUCAGGGCGUUCCAUUCACCCACAACUUCAGAAAUGCCCCUUUUCCCCUGCCUGAACAGCAGCAGAACGUCCCCAGCACGCCUACAGCCAAUCUUGGAACACUUGGUCGUGGCUCGGGAACUGCGAUUCCUCAGACCUCCUUCCGUGCACCGGCGCACAAGCAUGCCCAUCACCUCCAUUCCAUUCCGCCCCGAGAAAAGAGUACCCGGACGCUCAUUCUAGAUCAUAUGCUAUGGGUUCAUGGGAGAACCCGAUUUGCCCAGGCUAGAGCUGAGCUGGGCAUGACAGAUCGGACGGGCGGUCCUUCGUCUCCAAACUACGUCCAUCGAAGAAGGCCCGAGAACUACGAGGAAGACGAAGAGGAAGGCAGUGAAGGUGAGGAGGUCGGGGCGCUUCGAGCGCGUGCCGGAGGUCCAGGGCAUCCUCACAAUGACGAAGAAGAAGAGAGGUUGAGACGACAAGACCUCGCUCUCGCUCGUAGUUUACGCCUGCGUGCAGAGGGUCUCGAAAAAGUGGUAACUUCGAUGCUGGAACAGCCGCCACCCGUACACGCGGCGAACGACGAAGACAUCCUUACACCGCCCACUUCACCCAAACUGCAUGCAUCUAGCCUCGCCCACCCUCAUCGCCUGCCAAACGGCGUUAGAUUGCGACUGGCUCUCGGGACGAUCAUCAACGAUCUCUUCGCCAGACAAGCCCCACCACCUCCCUACCGUCACACCCAAUCGGCCAACGCAAGAGUCACCACACCCUCGGACCACUCUCCAUCUGUCGCACCGUCUGUAUCAGACCUCCCAGAUGCGCUAACGACAUUCGCAACCGUGUCUGGAGCAUUUGUGCCCCUUUCACAGCAACCACCCAGUUCACGGCCGAUGCAGAGCUCCCCAUACCCCGAUUAUCCCCAGUCAUACCCUUACAACACUAUGCAAUACCAAAUGAUGCCCCAGCCCUCUUUACCCCCUCCGCCACCGCCAACGAAUCCCCGUCCCCGCGCCAGUUCUCGGACUCGCACACUGUACUCUGCCGGUGCAGAUCCCAGCACCGCAAACUCCCCUCCAGCUUUCCGCUGUCCACGGCAUCUUCACACUGGUUGCGAAAUCUGCGUCGAAGCAAAGUCUCCAACCCGUCCAGCAGGAAGCAGGGACUCACGCGGCCGAUCGACGAGUGUGUCUAAUCGCAACGUUCACGCCGCGGCCUCGUCAGCCAACACAAAUAGCUGGAAGGCCAUGCCUGGCGGUGUCGGACCUGGGGGUGGUGGUAUUACGGGAUGGCAGGAUGGCAGCGGGAUCGGCUCGGGGUUGCUAAGGCCUGGAGUGCGGGGAAGCGCGCUGAGAAGGAAGAUCCAGGAAGGGGGCGACCAAGCCACUGGUGCUGGGAACACGAAGUUAAGGAGGCGAGAGGUGAAGAAGACGUCAGUGGCGCCGCCAGUGAGGAUGGUAGAGAGCGGGGCGUGGAUAGAGAUAACGGGAAGGAAAGAGAGGCGAGCGUCAGUGGAGGAAAUCACUGCGUCUGGAACACCAUCGGGCCGCGUUGGGACCCCUGGUCGCACGGGGAACGAUUCUGUCGGUUGGGGCGGGAGUGCGGGCGGGUACGCAUCCUUACCCGGCUCGCCGUCAUUGUCGCGUAACGCCGUUAACGCUGGGACUUCUGCGAGCAAGGACGCUCAAGCGCAGAGGAACAGGAUGUAUGAGUACGCACUGCGGCCUUCGCUUGAGUGGUACAUGCUCCUCGCAGGCCUCCUUACCCGAGCCGUACUUGAGGGUUACCUCACAGCAGGGUGGAGCGGGUUGCAGGCUGUGCAGUGUCUAUUGCUUGUUGGUUUGGGCAUUAGUGAAAAUGCUGCGAAGCGAAGGGACGAAUUGGAGUUGGACGAUGAAGAUGAUGAUGAGGAAGAGUUUGAUGGUUUGGCCCCGGACGAGCUGCCUAACCUCGUGGAUGCCGUCAAGAUCUUGUUUCCCAGUCUUCGAGAUGGUUCCAAUGGAGUGAAAGGGCAUGCAGAGGAGGAAUAUGGGCUGGAGAUGUUGGAGAGGCUCAAGAGAUUCUACGAUAUUCCGCCUUCAACGCCUGAUUGCUCAACUCACAUGGAAGAUCUGGCCUGGCAGUACCCCGCUGAACCCGUCGAGCGUGGUGCUGUCCGUUUUUGUGAGGCCGUUGCCAAGUGGCGUGGCAAACCAGAACUCGAAACCAAACCACCAACGCCGUUGACGGUUCCGGGCACGCCCGGUGGUAGUGGCGCGAUGACAAUCGAGAGCUUGGUGCACUCGAACCCAACAAGCCCGAUGAUGGGGAAUAUGGGUGCACAUCAAGGAGUGGGCGCUGCGGAGGCAAGUAGGCGAGCCAGGAAGAGGCUGAAGAAACCUUCGAUUGAGAUGUACUUCACGCAAGCAUCCGUGACGGCGCCGUCGCAGAGGCAGGCGUCCGGACAUAUGCCACAGCAAAUGCAACAACCACAGCCACGGGUGCCCGACGCAUGGCCUCGCCACAGUCGGAGUGCGAGCGCUGGUGCUUCUGCAAGUACUGGAAACAAAAGAUACCGGGACGCGGACGACGGGGGACGCCCAGAGCCGCCAAAAAGAAUGUAUCCCUGA